UUUUUCAGCUUCAAGAAACUCAAAAACACGUGAGAAAAGAUGACGAGAUCUAGAUCAAGAUCACCACGAUGGAAACAAAGGUCCUUAUCGCCAGCAUUUAGGAGUCCAGAACACCAUAGGCAAAGGCAUGCUCAUAUUAGUUAUGACUGUGAAUACAAAAACUUUCGUAAGGACCCAAAGAAGUCUAUGCCUUGGAGGGCAGAAGAUGGAAAGUAUGGACAAAGCAAUUCUAGAUUUGCACCUCAUGGAAAUAACCACCAGAGAAUGUAUGAACGUAGGUCACCUUCACCAAACCUAAAAAGAAUUCUCUUGGAAGAUACUUACAGUCAUAAGCCCUACAGAACACAUUCAUCAGAAAGAACUGAAAGCAAUAGGAGAUAUCAGUUACCACCAAAAUACUCAGAAAUGCCGUAUAAAGAACAUGACCGACCAUUUUACCAGCACAAAAUGGAAGAGAGAUAUAUGUCUGAGCACUAUAAAGUCACCGGAAAUGAAAAAGGAAUGAAACCUUUUCAUAGACCAUUAGGGGCAUCAUGUAAACUUGAAAGGAAAUGGCAUGAAGAUGACUUGAGGCACCAGAGAUUACAUGAGAAGUAUGGUCAGUCACCCAGAAGAGUGUCUGAUGAGUGUACGGCAAGGAGCUCUUUACAGAAGAGGUAUCCUGAAGAUCACGAUUACAGAGAAUAUGGGCACACGUCUAAAAGGGCUAAAGAAAUGGAGAGGUAUGACGAUGGAGAAAUAGCAAGAAAUUCCAAGUGGAAGAAAGAACGCUCUUUUGCACCCUACAAAGAAAAGGAGGAGCAAAGAAAUGUGGGUGCCCAGUCUCACCGGUCGGCCGAAAGGGAGUACUCGGAGGGGCCCGUCACAAAGUUAACCUACGAAUACAGUCACAAACGACGCAGGCAUCCAGACGGGGAAAAGUCUUUUUCAGCUGAUAGAGCUCAGAAGUAUGGAAAGCAGGAAGACCAGAAAUACAAUUCUUCUAAGGGAGCCCGGGAUAGCAAAGAGUUAGAUUACUUUAGCGGUGAAAGAGCGAGACAGAUGGAAGAAGGGCACAUUGAAGUACCUGUUAAAUACAGCUCGAAGAAGGGCUGCAAUGCGUGCGUUAACUCUUGCAAAACGGAUGUGGAUCUGAGAUCCUUUAAUAACAAGCAGAAGGAAAAAGUAAGGAAAGAAGGGGAAAUCAGGAAAAAAGUAGAUUCUUCCAAUAGCCAGCAUGAUUCAAGUCAUACAGUUUCAGAUGUGAAAAUGUCAGAUGUCAGCUGUAGGAGGGAACGUCUGACAAUCAAAGUGGAUAUGAAGAAAAUGGUGUCCAAGUACAGGGCUGCUUCUAGUCAUACUACAGAGAGACAGAUGUCACAUGAUCUGGUUGCUAUUGGCAGGAAAAAUGAAAAUUUUCACCCAGUGUUUGAACACAUGGAAUCUGUAACACAAAAUGUUGAAAACAAUCCAUCAAGAGAAUUUACUCAGGAAAUAAUCACAAUUAUCCAUCAAGUUAAAGCAAAUUAUUUUGCAUCUUCUGACAUAACUUUACAUGAACGGUUCUCAAAAAUUCAGGAUAAACCUGUUGCAAAUAUGAACGAAGUUAAAACACAUUUGGAUCCAGAAAUUCACAGGAGGAUUGAUAUGUCUCUAGCGGAACUUCAGAACAAACGAGCUGUGCCGUCUGAAUCUCCACAGAACAUGAUGAGAGUUCUAGAAGAUCCAAAUGAUCUGCGACAUGAUAUAGAAAGGAGAAGAAAAGAGAGAUUGCAGAAUGAAGACGAGAGAGUAUUUCGUAUGGAUGGCAUCACUCCAAGGAACCAGCAAAACUGCAGUGUUUCAAAAUUACGAAAUUCCCAUAUUGAUGGCUUCCAAAAGCCUAUGAGGUUCAUUAAACCACCUUUCAGGAAAUUUAUUGGGAAACCUCACCUGAAUUCUUACUAUUCUUCAAAAACAAAUGAUAUUUUCCCUCACAGACGAAUUAGAGGACAUCUUGAAAAUACAGGACCUAUUAGGAGACACUUCAAGAGCAACUUUACAGAUGGCCGUUUGCAAACCCAGUAUAAAUCAGGCUUAGUGCAGAAGGGUUUAUAUAUCCAGGCUAAGUACCAGCGGUUACGUUCAGUUGGUGUCAGGGGAUUUACCACUAGUAAAUUCAGAGAUGGAUUUUUGAGGAAAGAAAAGGGACACUUAAAUAUUGCCACAGAAACCUGAGCUGCGAUCCUGAAGCUGGAACAUGCAACAUGGCAAAGGGAGCAUCUGUUUGUUUUUGACAACUUUGUCAAGAAUUAAAAUAGGAUGACUGAACUAACAGUGUAACUUUUCUUGAUAAAAAUAACUUUAUUUUUCAGUAGUGGAAUGCUGCAGAACUUUUCUACAGUUUUAAUAAUUGCUUUUAAAUUACAGUAUUCAAUUGAAACACUGUAGUAUGUACUCUAGUUCCUUUUUGCAUACCAGUCUCAAGCAAAGAAAUCACUGAAGGGAGUCUUAUUUAUUUAAUACUUUUUUUUUUCUGAGCAUGAUGUUACAGAUGGAACGUGAGUCGUUAUACGCAGAGGUUUAUAUGUUGAAAGUUUGUUGCUUAUGUAAUAAAAAAAAGGAAAAAAAAAAGUGCCUGGAUUGUUUGGUAAUAGCACAUUAGCUCAGGAUUUUCCAAGUAAUGACCUUUUAGGUUGUGCAAUAGAUCUUAAAGCUCUGUUCAGUCAUCUCUGUAAAACAGUAUUUUGUAUUACUUCAUUUUCAGUUGAAUAUUAAACAUGG